AUGUACGAUUCUGGCAAUUGGAAGGAGCGAGCCGACGAGUUCAUGGAAAGCUUGAGACCUGUGAGGGUUCAACUCUAUGAGCAAACUUGAAAAGAAGAAAGCUAGUGAAUCUCUGAUGACUAAAAGACCCAGGGAGCUGGCGAGUAAAGAAGCUUGGGCCGGUGCAACAGCGAAUAUGAAAACUUUUUUCAAAGCAACAUCGUUGGUUCAAAAAUUUUUUUAGAUUAUAUCAAUUAAAAAAAUGAAACGAUUUUUUUCUGUGAAGGAGGGAUGUAACGGUUCGAAAUUGUCCCUUUUAUUCCAUUCCCAUACAAAAAUAUUGAAAUUAAGCAAUGGAAAAAAUAUUUUGAAGCGCUUUUUUUGCUGGAGAACCUUACCAAAAAAGAAAAAUAGAAUAAAAGAAAGGUUUUUUUUCCGCCUUUCAAUCCGAGCACAUUUCUCGGCUUUUUUCACCUCGGAGCGAUUUUCCAGCCUUUCUUGCUCAAUUUUUCAAAGAAAAAUGGCAAAAAAGAAUGAAAAAGAGCACGAGGAUUCAGCUUGUUUCCGCUUAUUUUUCUUAUUCAGUACUCGACUCUAAGCCUCGGAGCGAUUUUUUUCAACCUUCUUUCACAUUUUUGAGAAAGAAUGGCGUUUUAAAAUUGCACGAGGAAUCAAAAUUUUCAGACUGAUUUUCGUCUCUAAAUAUAAUUUAAAAUAUUCACUGAAACUUCAAAAAUUUUGAUGGACUUUUUGAUUGAAUGGGUGUAAAAAUGCACAAGAAAUUUGAUUUUUUAAAUUAUGAUAUUUCGCGACAUAGCGGGUUGGGACACGAAAGGCUUUAAAUAACCGAAAGUCUGAAUUAUUCAGAAUAAAAAAAGAAAAAAAGUAUGAAAAGAUCUGACAAUGACAAUGUGUUGAAAUAAGAGAAAAAAAUCAUAUUUUUCAGAGCUGAAAACUUCCUCAUUUCCGUCUCUAAAUAUUAUUUAUAAUAUUGGAACUUCAAAAAUUUUGAUACACUUUUUGAUUGAUGAAAAAAAUGCACAGGAAGUUUGAUAAUUAUGAUAUUUCGCGACACAGCCGGUUGGGAUACAAAACCUCGAUAAACCGUUGAAUUAUUUCACACCUAGCAGUAAAAUAACUCUUAUAACUCAACUCAAGGGAGGGGUGUUCCAGGUAUAGUACUUCGAAGUUGAAGAGCCUAUCCGAGAAGUUUUGAGUAGGUCUUACUAUAAGCUGGUUGAAGCAGUUAUUUGCACUGGUAGAGGUGGAUGGGCAUCAGCGGCGAGAUUCUCGUAUCUAUCCACAUGCACUCGUUAUGGAAACGAUCUGAUCAAGUCGAUGACAAAAGGUUUUGCAUCGUGGAAAGAAUUAAAAACGCUGAUCAACAUCAGAAAUUAUUUUGAAUUUUCCAUUUUUUCCAAGAAAGACUUAUGUACGUAAGAGCAGAAGACCGAAAAAAUAAAAAUAAAAAGAAGGCUUCAAAACCUUCAAACCGAGCAUAGAACUCGACUUUUUUUCUAAACCUCGGAGCGAAUUUUCAACCUUCUUUCACAUUUUUGAGAAAGAAUGGCGUUUAAAAUUGCACGAGGAAUCAAAUUUUCAGACUGAUUUUCGUCUCUAAAUAUUAUUUAUAAUAUUCACUGAAACUUCAAACAUUUUGAUGGACUUUUGAUUAAAUGGGUGUAAAAAAUGCACAAGAAAUCUGAUUUUUUUAAACUAUGAUAUUUCGCGACAUAGCGGGUUGGGACCAGGCUUGUGCGAGGGCCGGCCCGUCGCCCUCCCGGCCCCCGACCAUUUCGUAAGCCCGGCCCGGCCUUAGCGGGCCUCAAGAAAAAAAUGGCCAGCCCGGCCCGAAUCGCGCAAUUUUUUUCUAGUCGGAUAUCAAGUUUUUACGACAAAAAUUACGUUUUUGCUCAUUUUUUCUCUUAAAGUUUAACAAAAACUAUGAUUUCAGAAGUAAAAGUCACAUUUCGGUGAAAAUUUUUUGAAUGAAAUUUUAAAUUGUUUUUUGAAGCCCGGCCCGGCCCGAGCCCACGCGGGCUUUUUCUUGAAAAUGAGGCCCAAAGCCCGGCCCGGCCCAGGCCGCCCGGCCUGUCGCACACGCUUGGUCUGGACACAUAACCUUAAAUAACCGAAAGUCUGAAUUUUUCAGAAUAAAAAGGGAAGAAAAGUCCGAAAGAUCUGACAAUGCGGGAGCUUAUCACAAUGUGUCUCGGCUCUGGACGCGAUUCGAUACUGUUCGAUGGAGGAGUGUCCAGCACAGACAGAAGAAAUUUCGACUAUCUGGUGAGUGGAGACGAUUCUUGUGUCAUCGGGGAUUUGGACUUCAUCCACGACUAUGCUGGAUUUCCUGAAGGAAGUAGGAAAACCUCGGAAAGACAUGACACCAGAUGAAGGCUCACCGAUUUCUAUGACAUAAGAACGGUACAACAACCAUGAAAAAGUCGAGUUCUGGGAAGGAGAUGUAAGAUUCGUUCGAUAAAUGCCUGUGAGACCAACCGCCGAGAUACUUGGAAAGGCAGCUCUAAUGACUAAGAGACAUUAAAACACCCGAAACUAAUUUAUUAUUAAAAAAUAACGAGGAGCUAAGACUGAAAAGAAGGAGAACAAUCAAAAAUAAAACGAUAUUGAAGGUCAAAAUAGUCGAAAAAAAUUUUAAAAUUGCACGAGGAAUCAGAUUUUCAGAGUUAGAAAUUUCUCAUUUUGUCUCUAAUUAUGAUUUUAUAAUAUUCACUGACUGAAAAUUCAAACAUUUUGAUGAACUUUUAUUUGAAUAGAUAGAAAAAAUUCCGAAAGUUCUAGAGAUGUGUGAGGAGAUAAAGAAGACCACAGGUAGCGGCAGUUUUUAUAGACCACUGGUAUCGAGAAACAGCACUUACUUGCCGCUGAGAUAUAUCGGAUGUUGGUCUCAAGAAUUCGGGGAGGGAAAGAAAUUGCUCUGGCGAAUUCGAAAGGCUGAUUUGGUUCCUGCCAGGUUCGUCUCGCCUAAAGGAAUUGGAGGUCCUUGGAGGGUUUAUUGAUUUGUUGAACCGCUCCUAGGAUCACGCGAUGAACACGGUCACCAACAUGGGUCCUAGCGGUCAUCCGUUGUUCAACUAUGGAGAGAUGUUUGCAAAAGUGUGGCUCCUAGGUUCAGCAUUUGUCGCAGACGAUAUCGCGGAUUGGGAUACCAAGGUUUCGCCUCAGGAGAAUUGAUCACCUAUGUCAUGAACACGGUCACGAACAUGGCCUUCAACCUCUCAAACACGUCAGUGACCUUCUCUGGCUUCUGGACAAGAAAGAACCGAACAAAACUAACGCAAAAGCGAGAAAGAAGACGCGACGAUACAUUCUAGGAAGCCACCAACAUUGUCAAAGACGUCAAAGGAGAAAGAAAAUCGACACAUUACUCGCCCAGAAGAUACUGUUCGCUUUCCUCACAAAAACGUUGCCGAUAACUAACUCCACCAAGAAAACCACAGUUGCCUCCACCUCCAAUACGCCGCAUAACUUAUAGAGACUGAGAGAUUUUUUUCCGAGAAGUUAAAACACCCUGAAACUAAUUUAUUAUCAAAAAUAACAAGAAGCCAAGACUGGAAAGAAGGAAAAAGAGGUAAAAAUAAAACGAUAUAAAAGGUCAAAAAGUCGAAAAAUUUUUAUUAUUGAAGAUCCUCCAAGCAAAACUAAAAAUAAAAUGAAAAGUUCACAACUUUUUCAAAACGAGCACAUUUCUCGGCGCACAGCAAAAACUUACAUUCUUUUUCGUUUUUGAUAAAGUAUAAAUUUGGCACGAGGAGCACUAAAAAUUCAAAGAAUGCUAUCCAUUAUUUUUAUAAAUAUUUUCUAUAACAUAUGAAAAACUUAUAAGAUUAUAUACAUGAAUACUUCACCCAAUUUUCUAAAUUUUAAAAAAAUAUUGAUUUUUUUAAUGAAAAAUGAUACCUUUCAAGCUUUGCGAAUUCCGUUGAUGGGAUUUUUCAAACGUCCUUCUGAGGGUUGGAAGCAUUUUUCUUCUGUAAAAAAAUGAAAAAUAAAAAUACAAAACAAAGAUAAUUCCCUCACGUUUAAAAUAUAACUUUCAGCCGCUCAACUUUAAGGAAAUCCAAAAAAUGCAGAAAUUUAUAGGAAUAUUAUGAAUCCCUACGAUUUUCAAUCAAUAGAAGAGGCGUAUGUAUCAAAAUAAAAAAAUAUAAUGAAUUUCAAAACAGCUAAAAUUUACUGAAAGGCCUCAACCGUUCAACCCGACCACAUUUGUCGGUUUUUCUUUCAAUUCAAAGCAAUUUUUCACUUUUUCUACUUAGUUCUUCUGAAAAGAAACACCUAGAAACAAUUUGGAAACAGAAACGUAAUGAGCAAUUAGUGUAAUCGAAAGUAAACGAAAAUAAAAAGAAAAGGCGAUUUUCAAGCGUAAAAUUUGAGAGAAGUGUGCAGUGGCGCGCGUUUGUUUUAUUCUCGUCUUUUUUUUUUUUCAUCAAAAAUGCUCAAUUUUUUUGAACUUUUUAUCUUCGUAAAUUCGUUAAAACCUUCGUUUCGAAGUUCUCAAAAAUGCAAAGAAAACGAAAAAGAAAGGCUGAAUAAAGUUAAUUCGAUUUGAAAUAAAAGUUUUUUUUCAUCUUUAUAACAUUUUUUUCUGUUAUCAAAACUUCGUGCAUUCUCCAUCAAAAAAACCUUUCAAUGUAUAUAAUGAAAAAGAAAAUUAUUCCUUGAAAGAAAUAAAAUGAAGAAAGGCUUUGAGCCUUUUCAAACCGAGCACAGCUCUCGGCUUUUUCUUACUCGGCGCGAACUUUCAGUCUUUUUUACAGUAGAAAACUUAAGUUCUGUAUAAAUUUGCACGAGAAAUCAAACUUUUGACGUAGUUAAAAUAACAUUUUGAAAAUUAGAGACAGUAGUUCAACUACGUUUCUUUAAUCUUACUCAAGUUGGUGUAUUUAUCACAUCGGAAUACACGGCUAACACAUUGGUGCAUCGACCAAAAGACCAGGGUCGAUCAACCACCAUUGCGACGAUCACUCAUUUCGAGAUCGCACUGCCGUCAUUCGGACGUUAAAUCGAGACGUCUUGUUGACGAAAUAACUAACAUCAAAAGACCUCACAAUCGCGAGAGGAGACUCGACAACACACUUCAGGAAGCCACCGAAAAUCUCAAAGAAGUCAGAAAAAAUAGCCAAGACCUUUGAAAUACUCCAAGAAGUGCCGAACUCCAUUACGGAGGGAAAGACGAAAGGGCUCUCUUUGCAGUUUGCGAGCAGCGUGGCUCAGGAGAAGUGAUCACCUAUGCUAUGAACACGGUCACCAAGAUUAUUUUGAGAAGAGCUUCUGCUGGCAUUCCGAUGAACGAAUUGAGUCGCUGGCUGAACGAGGUCCUGGAGAACAUGGCAGUGGCAACGAAAACGACUAAAAAAGCAUGUUUCCACCAGCUGUACCACGAUCAGGAAGCACACAGACCGCUAUGCUGA